AUGAUGGAAAGAAUAAGAAAAGAGAUGAUUCUGAUGGAGAGAGGGCUCCACAGCCCCACAGCCGGCAAGAGGUUCUCCAGUUUGUCCGACUCGGCUGGCAGUGCUGUGCUGGAGGCCCUGGAAAAUUCGCAGCACCCGGCUCGCCUCAGUCCGCGCCUGCCGUCCGCCCCCCUGCACGGCGCUCUGGGAGACCUCCCCGCCAAGGGCAAAUUCGAAAUCGACACUUUGUUCAACCUGCAGCACCCGGGCAGCGAAAGCACCGUCUCCUCCGAAAUCGCCUCUGCCACCGAGAGCCGCAAGAAGCCGGGCCAUUAUUCCGAGGCGGCCGCCGAGGCCGACAUGAGCAGCGACGUGGAGGUGGGCUGCUCCGCGCUGCGCUCCCCGGGCGGCCUCGGCGCCGCGCCGCUCAAGGAAAACAAUGGCAAAGGCUAUGCAGAUAGCGGCUCCGCCGCGGGCACCACGACGUCGGCGUCGGGCUCGGGCCUGGGUAGCCUGCACGGAGGCAGUGGCGGCGGCGGCGGCGGCGGCGGCGGCGGGGGUGCGGCGCUGGGCAGUUCCGGCUCUGGCGCCGAUCAGGUGCGGCGCUACCGUACCGCAUUCACCCGAGAGCAGAUCGCGCGCCUGGAAAAGGAGUUCUACCGGGAGAACUAUGUGUCGCGGCCCCGCCGGUGCGAGCUGGCCGCUGCCCUCAACCUGCCCGAAACCACCAUCAAGGUUUGGUUCCAGAACCGGCGCAUGAAGGACAAGCGACAGCGCCUGGCCAUGUCGUGGCCGCACCCAGCCGACCCCAGUUUCUACACCUACAUGAUGACGCACGCGGCCGCCACCGGAAGCCUGCCCUACCCUUUCCACUCGCACGUGCCGCUGCACUACUACCCGCACGUGGGUGUCACUGCGGCCGCCGCCGCCGCCGCCGCCUCGGGAGCAGCGGCCGCAGCCUCGUCGCCUUUCGCCACGUCCAUCCGUCCGCUGGACACCUUCCGCGCUCUCUCCCACCCGUACUCGCGGCCCGAGCUGCUAUGCAGCUUCCGCCACCCGGGUCUCUACCAGGCGCCCGCAGCCGCUGCGGGGCUCAACAGUGCGGCUUCGGCGGCGGCAGCUGCUGCCGCCGCCGCCGCUGCCGCCUCCUCAGCAGCCGCCGGGGCGCCUCCCAGCGGCAGCUCCGCGCCCUGCUCCUGCCUCAGUUGCCACAGCAGUCAGUCCGCGGCCGCCGCCGCCGCCGCCGCCGCCGCAGCCUUGGGCUCCCGAAGUGGCGGCGGCGGCGGCGGCGGCGGCGGCGGCGGCGCAGGGGCCUCCGCGGGCUCAGACUUCGGCUGCGGCGCGGCUGCGCCGCGCUCCGAGAGUGGCUUCCUGCCCUACUCCGCCGCAGUGCUUAGCAAGACCGCCGUGAGCCCGCCAGACCAGAGGGACGAGGCCCCGCUCACCAGAUAA